GCGCCGCGUUGUCCUGUCACUGUGGCGGUGUGGCGGUGUGUGUCAGUGUGCGGCCGUGUCUGGCGGGCGCUACAGGCGGCGGCCCGGACGCUCGAGGUGACAGUGGUGCGACGCGGCUUGUCCUGAGGGUCCUGCACGACGCGAGUCAGGACGAGCAGUGUGUGUGACCGAGACAAGGACAAGGGCAAGGGCGAGACAAGAUGAGCCCCGUGCGCCGCCUCGUGGACGACGGCAUCCAGGUGGCGCUCAACUACGCCGUCCCCGUGGCCAAGCGGCUGCGGUUCGCCCUGACCGACGCGCAGGUUGACCGCGAGAUGGCCGCCCUGCGCCGCGAGCUGGACGAGAGCCGCGCGGCGCUGAAGCUGCAGACGGCGCGGUGCCGGCAGCUGGUGGCGGCGUACUCGGCCAGGCUCAAGGCGGGCAACGAUCUGCGCGACCACCAGCUCGCCCUGGUGCUGCGCGCGCUGGUGGCGCUGGAGGCGCGGCUGCGGCGCGAGCAGAAGGCCAUCCGGUCGCAGCUGGCGCAGCGCGACGCCAUCAUCCACCAGCAGCAGGUGGAGAUCUCCCGGUUGCGCGGCGCGCACGCGGCGCCCUCCGCGGCCUUCUCGCCGCCGCACCCCGCGGCCAGGACCGGCGCCGCGCCCUCCACGCCCGCCACGCCCUCGCAGCUCAUCGUGGAGAACCACACGUGCGGCCAGGACUCGGCGUGCGUGCAGGCGCACGAGACCGUGGUGGACGCCAUGAGCCACCUGAGGCACCAGGAGGCGGCGCUGCGGGUGCUGGAGCUGGUGGGGCCGCCCCCCGGCCCCACUGGCUUCCCCGGCCUCGGCAGCCUCGGCACGGCGACGCGCGGGCCGCCGGCAACCACCGUGCUGCCGCUGCUCAACGGCGAGACGGCCUGCAUCGUGGAGCCGCCCGCCGACUUCAUCGAGGACAACAUGGCGGUCACGCCGCCCCCCGACGUGGUGGCCAGCUACAACGACAUGAACAGGGAGUGCCUGGAGCUGGCCAGCAUGGCGGCGUCCCUCAGGAGCGCCGACAAGGACAAGGCUGUCUGCUUCCAGGACAACCCCGUGCUGGAGUGCGUCAACCUCAUCCUGCUCCGCGACCAGGAGGACUUCCAGGAAGAGCGUCGCGGCCGGCACCGAGAGCGCGGGCCCGAGUCGGCGCGUUUGCGCCGCGGACGCCGCUCCGUGGAGGAGUCACCGCCGCCGCCGCCCUCAAGCGAGCCGCCCUCAAGCGAGCCGCCCGCCUGGUACAACAGCACCGGCAGCGCCGCCAAGGACGUCGCCAGGGAGGCGCCGCGCCGCCCCACGCCGCCCGCGCUGCCGCCCAAGCCACCCCGCCUCGUGGCCCAGCGCCCUACCAGGGCCACCAAGUCACCCACGCCCACCAAAGACGCCAAGGACGACGACCCCAGGACCGUGCCCUCCAUCCCCACGACGCCGCCGCCAGCCUCACCCGCACCCUCCAGCCCGACGACAGCCACCGUGGUCUCCGCCACGACCCCCUCCUCGGACCUGGAGGAAUCCAGUGACGCGCUCAGGCGGAAUUUCGAGGAAUUCAACCUGGACGACUGUGACAUCGAAGGCCUGGGCGAGACGGACACCCCUGCGGUGGAGACUGAGGCCGACACCAAGGCCGAGGCCAACGGCGACGGCAGGCCGAGGCUCGAGGGCGACGGCGCGGAGAGCCUCAAACUGAAUGGCCACGGCCCCGUCCCCGUCCCCGGCCCGGGACACGUCCUGCAGGACGCCCCGGACGCGCUGCCCCUACUGACGGCGCCGGCCGAGGCCCCGUCGCCGCUAUCUGCCAGCGCCAACGGCCUCGCCGUCAACCUCGGCCCCGUGCUGGCGGGCACGCUGGCGCAGCAGUUGGCCCAGCUCGCACCCCUCGCCCCCAACUCCCUAGCCAACUACGACACGUUCCUGGAGGCGACGGGGCUGAGCAACAAGUCCAUCCUGACGCCCAGCCGCAUGCUGAGCAACCACCGCAGCGUGCUCAAGCCCAAGGACGUGAAGCACCGCAGCAGGGUGAAGGCUGGCGAGCGCUGCGCCGGCCCGUCCUGCGCCACCGGCCCCACCGUCAAGUACUGGACGGAGCCCUUCCUGUAGCGCCUCGCCUCAUGCUCGCCUCGCGUAGCGUAGCGUAGCGUACCGUAGCGUCGCGGCCUCAGGGCCUCGCUCGCUCGGGGCUUUACCGCGCCGCGACUAACCCCCUUGCUGUCGCUAAAUCCCAGACGCAGUGUUAACCAUGAAACUUGCUUUAAAUUCAAUUUGUCGUACAUACUAAUGUUGUCUGAACCCAAGUGUGACUCAAAAUUGAAAUGUUAACUUGUUGAACGGCGUCAUGAUGAUGAUGAGCCCUAGCGCGUCGAGCUGGUGCACGUUGGGAUGCCUAUCCCCGAGGCGGGCUGUCGAGUCUCGUAACACACCAAACGAAGAUUCCACUUCGAGACAAGGACGGGCGACGCGUCAAGUGCUGUGCCGUGAAAGGUUUAUUUUUGUUUUUUGUUCUGUUUGUUUUGUUGAUUUUUUUUUUGUGAGGGAAAAUUUUUGCUAAAACAAUUUUGUUUCUAAUUUGUCAGAGUUUGUGGUAAGGUGCUAUGUACAAGAUGUAAUGUUUAGCUUUAGUCUAGUUACUUUCUUAUGGACGGCAUACCAUGUAUUUUAGUCACGUCCAUGGACAUUUGUUUGAAUCUUAACUGUAAAAGGAUAUUAAAAAUAAACUUAAAAUGUUACUGUUUUUCAA